AUGAUAAAUUUUCUCCUCCUACAGGGCCUCGUCCUCUGCACCCUGCUCCUCGUCUUCUUCGCCAUCGACCGCAGAAGCAAGAAGGGCGCCACCGCUACGCCGACGUACACAUGCAAAGACCAGCCGUUCAAGCUCUUGAAGAUGGACAUGGAUCUCACCAUAAUCCCCCUCAAGCAUGCUCUGGAACUUCGAGCUGUCACGAGCGACAAGCUGGACCCCCUGACGGCAAGCUUUGAUGAUAACGCCGGCAGCCUCACUGGUAUCCUGCUCGGCAGCGAGUUGCACUCAGACGCCAUCCACCGGCGCUUGACACCAGGACUUCCGCGAAUCAUUCCCGUCGUUCUCGAUGAGCUCAAAUGUACUUUCGGCAAAGUCUUGCCCGAAUGUGUCGGUAAAUGGGCUCCCGUGAUUCCAUACGACCUCAUCCUUAACCUGUCGACUCGAGCCUCGGCCAGGGUAUUCGUCGGUGAGCCCAUCUGCCGCGACGAAAGGUUCCUCGACACCUCUGCGUCCUACAGCCGAAAUACCUUUGACACAAUCGCCACGUUUCGAAACCUCGGCAAGGGCGUAGGCGCUCUCCUCGAAUUCUUUUCUCCCACCUCGAGCGUCAGCAAUGCCCGUGAGCAACUGAGGUACGUCCAGCAACUCCUCGGCUCCGAAGUGGAGCGGCGACGGGCAUCCCCCGACGAGAAGCACGACGAUUUCUUGCAGUGGUGCAUCGACCUUGCCCGCACUGAGGAAGAAGCAAAACCAGAGGCCUUGGCCCAUCGUACACUUGGGAUCCUAAGUAUGGCGGUCGUCCAUACGACGGCCAUGGCGACUACUCACAUGCUGUUUGACAUCAUGGCCAACCCUGACCUGAGAGACGCACUGAAAAAGGAGCAAGAGGCCAUCUUGCCUAAUGGUUGGCAGGAAAUAAGCCAGAAGGCAAUGCUAGAAAUGAGGCUACUCGAUAGUUUGAUGAGAGAGUCGCAGCGUUUCAAUCCGGUGGGCGAAUUCACCUUCCGACGUGUUGUCAGGAAGCCUAUCACACUCUCUGACGGCUAUAAAUUGAAACCAGGACAGCAGAUUGGAUUGCUGGCCAGACAAUUCGGCAUGGAAGAUGGAAUGAUUGGCGACGAAAACGCCGACUCAUUCUCCCCAUUCCGCUGGUCACACCAGAAGCAGGCAUCCGCCCUUUUCUCACACAGCAGUUCGGCAAACCUGCACUUUGGCCUUGGUCGAUAUGCUUGUCCAGGACGCUUCUUCGCUUCGUACAUGAUCAAAUCGAUUAUGAGUCGAAUUCUUCUGGAAUAUGACUUGAAAUUGGAAGGAAAUGAUAUGACUCGCCGUCCGGUAAAUUCCAUCCAGGGUGACAAGAUUCUCCCAAACCGAGAGUCUGUCGUCCUACUUCGUCGCCGUGGCACUUAG